AGAGUUAGUUGACUCUGGAUCUCAUCUUAAAAAUAAGAACAAGAGCCAGCCUCAAAGUCGAAGAAGAAGAUACACAGAGCAGAAAGAGAGAGCAAGCAAAAAUGGCGUGGAGUGCGACUGCGAUCGGAGCUCUUCUUGGAUUAGGCACCCAAAUGUAUUCAAAUGCUCUUCGCAAACUCCCUUACAUGCGUCAUCCUUGGGAACAUGUUUUGGGAAUGGGCUUAGGAGCUGUCUUUGUAAAUCAGCUUGUCAAAUGGGAUGCUAAGCUUCAAGUGGACCUUGAUAAAAUGCUUGAAAAAUCCAAAGCCGCCAAUGAGCGACGCUAUAUUGAUGAAGAUGAAUAGCUCCUUUAUGCGGAUACAAUAGAUGUUGAAUUGGUUGGAAGCUUAACCGGUUGCGACAUACGACUAGUUUGAAUCAAGUACAAUUUUUGGUUUGAAUUAUGAGUUUGUUUAGAAUCUCAUCGUUUUUGAAUCAUAUUCUAAUGUUUGUAUCUAUUGGAGGAUUUCCAAUUGCGCCAUUCUGUGUGGCUGUUACAAAUAAUGAAGGCAUCUUUGGUUGUAGCUGCUGCCAAAUUUGGAUAGAAACUGAAAUUCAAAUUUGUUGGUGUAAAAAUAAGAAUGUCAGUGCUCCAAAUCCUAAAUUCUUAAAAUUUACACUCUUUAAA